AAAACUUUAUCAUUAAACAAAAAGAGUUUGGAAAAACACAUAAAAUAUCCUAUGAACAAAUGGAUUCAUUAAGUGCUGAAAACUCAGAACGAUUUAAAGAUGAACAGUCAACAUCAUGUAGCCGCGAUGGCGUUGCCGGCAAUGGUGCAUUAAUGCGUUUAGCCCCGAUACCGUUGUUUUUCUAUCGUUCUCCCUCUCAUGCUAUUCGUUAUGCAGGCGAAUCAGCUAUUCUCACUCAUGGAGACGAUCGUGCCAGAGAUGCUUGUCGUUAUUAUGCUGCAUUAAUAGUCGGUGCACUACGGGGCUUUUCAAAACCUGAUUUAUUAGACAACAACUUUUAUCUCGGUCGUAAGAACGAAAAGUGGUUUGGUGAGGGUGACGAAGCUGAAUUACAUUCAGACAUUCAAAAGAUAGCUAAAGGUUCAUUUAAAAAAGAAGGCGGCUACGCAGAUGGUAUUCGAGGGAAACAGUAUAUUGUUCCAGCGUUAGAAGCUGCACUAUGGGCCUUUUGGUGCGAUGCUGGUUCCUUUGAGAAAGGUGCAUUACAAGCGGUUAAUUUGGGAGAUGACACAAGUACAACUGCUGCUAUUUACGGUCAGCUAGCUGGAGCAUAUUACGGCAUACAUGCACUUCCAGAUAAAUGGUCCGAACAAGUAUAUGCCAGAGACUUCAUAUUAUGUUUAAGUAUUUGGUUAAAGCAUGAAGGAUACAAAUGGCACGAACUUUGUGAAAUGAAUAAGUCGAAAUAG